UUGCGGACCGCGGCAGCGAGCGGACGUGUUGGUGUUGCUGUCGACCAUCGGCGUACGUCGUCCUGUGGAUACAAGUCUGGGAAGCGAGGCGGCCGCGAGUGCUGUGAGUGUGAGUGGAGAGUGCCCUUUCGGGAUUACGGUGCCCAAUGGUAGUGUACCAUGUGUUGCUGACGUAAGAUGUACCCAAGUACAGGAAUGAACGCGGCGGCAGCAGCAGCGGUUGCAGCCGCGCGCCAUCCGGGGCCCCCGCAGCCCGGCCAGCCGUUCAAAUUCACAGUGGGAGAAUCCUGCGACAGGAUCAAAGAAGAGUUUAACUUUCUACAAGCUCAGUAUCACAAUUUGAAAUUGGAGUGCGAGAAACUGGCGAGCGAGAAAAUCGAAAUCCAGCGACAUUACGUGAUGUACUACGAAAUGUCGUACGGCCUGAACGUCGAAAUGCAUAAACAGACUGAAAUCGCCAAGAGACUGAACGCCAUCAUCGCGCAAAUACUCCCUUUCUUGUCACAAGAACAUCAACAGCAAGUCGCGACCGCUGUUGAGAGAGCAAAACAAGUUACCAUGACAGAACUCAAUGCCAUAAUAGGACAACAGAGGCCGGACCUGCCCCGACUGCUCCAGCAGAUGCACGCCCAGCAGUUGCCGGCUCACGCGGCGCCCCCCAUCCCCAUGAUGCCGCACCCCGGCCUCGCCGGGGCCCCCCCGAGCACGGCCGCCAGCCUUCUGGGGCUGUCGGGGGCCUUGGGGGCCCCCGGCCAGCACCCCCUGUCGAUGCUGGCCUCCAAGCCCGACCUGCAUCGCCCCGACGACGUGAAAUCGAACAGCGGUAUCAACUCCGCCGAAGAGCGUCACCGGAACUCGAUAUCUCCUGCUGAGCGAGAGAAGUACCGCCCCCGAACACCACAAGAAUCCGAACACAAGAAGCCCAAGAAAGAGGAGAAAGACAUGGGACACGUAAGUAUCAAACACAGCGACGGUGAGAAGAGCGACCAGGACCUGGUGGUGGACGACGCCUCCGAGGACCCCGUGUCGCCCCCCAACGGCACCACGUCCCCCCGCGAGAACGGCAUCGAUAAGCUCGUCCCCAAGAAGGAGCACCCGGGGCCGCACAGCCCCCGCUCCGGCACCUCCAGCAACGCCUCGACGCCGUCGACGAAGAAGCUCGACGGGGAUAAACCGUCGACCCCCAUCUCGAAAAGCGUCACUCCCACGUCGGCGGCGGGGUCGUCGUCGGCCGCCAGCGGCCUCAAACCGGUGGUCAAACCGCCGGCGUUGGGACAAUACCCGCCCUACCUCGCCGGCAUGUCCAAUGGAGCGCCACAUGAUCUACAAGCAGCUGCAGCGGCGGGGGCUUACAGCGGACUCCAUAACAAUCUUCCACCUGCUUUGAAUAAUUAUCCGCGACCGCCGCUGCAAGUCGGCUACGAUCCGCACUCGCAGAUGAGGGCGCCCGUCGUGCCAGGACUCGGGGGCAUCCCCGGGGGGAAGCCAGCUUACUCGUUCCACGUUAGUGCCGACGGCCAGAUGCAGCCCGUUCCGUUCCCUCCGGACGCGUUAAUAGGUCCCGGAAUUCCCCGUCACGCCCGCCAAAUAAACACUUUGAGUCAUGGCGAAGUGGUUUGUGCAGUGACAAUAUCCAACCCAACAAAAUACGUUUAUACCGGCGGCAAAGGCUGUGUCAAAGUCUGGGAUAUAAGUCAGCCCGGAUCCAAGAGUCCGGUAUCGCAAUUAGACUGUUUGCAACGUGAUAACUACAUCCGAUCUGUGAAACUCCUCCCCGACGGGCGCACCCUCAUCGUCGGGGGCGAAGCCAGCAACCUGUCCAUCUGGGACCUGGCGAGCCCCACGCCCCGGAUAAAGGCCGAGCUGACGUCCAGCGCCCCGGCCUGUUACGCGCUGGCCAUCAGCCCCGACUCCAAAGUCUGCUUCAGCUGCUGUUCCGACGGCCACAUCGCCGUGUGGGACUUGCACAACCAGACGCUGGUUCGCCAGUUCCAGGGACACACCGACGGGGCCUCCUGUAUCGACAUUUCCGCCGAUGGCACUAAGCUGUGGACGGGAGGGCUGGAUAAUACCGUGCGGAGCUGGGAUUUGCGGGAAGGAAGGCAGUUGCAACAGCACGACUUCAGCUCGCAGAUCUUCUCGCUGGGGUAUUGCCCCACGGGCGAGUGGCUGGCGGUCGGGAUGGAAAAUUCGAACGUUGAAGUGCUACAUGCCACCAAACCGGACAAAUACCAGUUACAUUUGCACGAGAGUUGUGUGUUGAGUUUGAGAUUUGCAGCUUGCGGGAAGUGGUUUGUCUCCACGGGGAAGGAUAAUCUGCUGAACGCGUGGAGGACGCCCUAUGGGGCCAGCAUAUUCCAGUCGAAGGAGUCGUCGAGUGUGUUGAGUUGUGACAUUUCUGCGGAUGAUAAGUACAUUGUGACCGGCUCUGGGGACAAGAAGGCGACGGUGUACGAAGUCAUCUACUAGGAACAAACGAGUGGUUUUGCACCAACUUCAGUGCCGAACGCUGAGUCCGUGUAGUUUAAAUUGAAGAAAAAAAUGUGAUAAUUAUGUGUAAUAAACAUAUGAAGACAGUCACAGCAAGAUUAGUGAUCUGAUGUGAAAAUACUAGAUUUUAUUCUUAGAUUCAGUGAUCUCCAUGACAAUUUGAAUGAACCAAGAUGCUUCAUUGUAAAUAACGAUUCUUUGAGAUGAUUUACAGCCACCUUGUUGAAUGAGCGUGUUGUUAAAUCGACAUGAAUACUUAAUUUUUAUGAUUUUGAGUUUUCCGUCGGGGAUUGUAAAUAGCACCGAUAAGAGCAUUGUGCACUUGUUUUUAUUUGUUAUUUAAUAUGUAGCAGGAGCAUGACUUGAAGAAUAAAACGAACGUGAACACAAAUGUAUAUUAUCUAUAUAUUUGUAAUUAAUCCUAGUGUCGAUAAUAAAAUUUAAAAAGUAUCUCAGUGUUGCCUACACAAAUUUGCUCCAAUUUUGCAUGUGCAAAAGUUAGUACCUUUGUGUAAAUUAAUGUGUUUCGGUUCGUUUAGAUAGCAUUUAAUACGUCUAAAAUUUAUGUUAGAGAUUUGUAGAUAAUUGGAAAAAUAUAUUAUUGUUUUUUAUUUUUUAAUAUUUAACAUGCAAUUGUUUUAAUACAGAUCUUAAUUUUAAUAUCUAGAUAUGAGACGAAUAGGUAAUGCUUUACCUUUCUAAACAAAUACGUUGUUCAGUGGCGUGUACAAGAUAACAUCGCGCAGAUUAACGUGUCGUGUUAUUAUGUACACGUCAAUUCAUGGUGUGUUCAUUCACGAUACAAACUUACAAUAGACCAACUACAUGAACUUUUCAUACCUCAACACAAGCAAACAAUAGCCCAAACAAAUGUAUUUUUAUCAUACAAUUGAAAAUAAAACUUAUGUUACUUGCAUUUUAA